CUCGAAACUCUUCGCCCUAAACAGCGUUUGGUAGUCCGGCAUCUCAAAAAUCGGAACUUUUUCCAUCUUUCUCUCUUCCGGCGGGUCGCCGGCGGGCAACUUCGAUGAUCCUUCCGGCCUCCAAGGUCUCCCUGAAGUGCCACCUACUUUACGCCGUGUGUUGAGGAGCUAGUAAGAUUCUUUCUUUAUCGUUGGAUAUUAAUGGAUCGACAACCGCACGAGUACGCAGCGGCAAUGGCCUUCACACAGCACCAACAACAACAAUCUGGCAUGCAACAGCAGUAUGGUUUCCAUCCACAGCAGCAGCAGUACCCCCAGCAGUUUCCACAGCAGGCUCAUGCCCCUUUCCUCCCAUCUCAUCCCUCACUCCAACAACUACCUUUCCAUCGCCAAAUGGCUCCACAGCAACAAUUUUUUCCUCAUCACCACCAUCCUCUUGUCCAUCUUCAACAACCACCACAACCACCUCCUGCCUUUGCUCCUCAUAUGCCUCCUCACAUGACACCACCUUAUAUGCAGCCAUUUGAUGCAGUCCCUCCACCAGCUGCACCUCCUUCUGAUCCCGAACUACAGAAACGAAUUGAUAAGUCAGUGGAAUACGCAGCAAAGAAUGGCCCUGAGUUUGAAGCUAUGAUCCGUGAAAAGCAACAUGAUAACCCUGCUUAUAGCUUUCUUUUUGGGGGUGAGGGACAUGCCUACUACCGGUAUAAGCUAUGGCUAUCUACAAGACCACCCAGCUCUGCCUUCAACCCUGCUUACCCUUCCUCCAUGCAAAUGAUGUCUUCACCACAUAAUCCUAUGUUAAAUCCAUCUGCUCUUAGUCCUUCCCCUUUGGGUGGAGCUCAAGCAUCCAUAAUGGCCCAACCGCAGUUGCAGCAGCCUCCUUUUCCUCCCUAUUAUGAUCCGCACCAGCAGCCUCCACACUCCCAACCUAUGAUGGCCCAAGCUCGAACUGAUUAUGACACUUCAGCAAAGUCUUUUAAGGGCCUAUCCGGUCCUCUUCCAUCUGAUGUUGCAGCUGAGCUUAACGGUGUGUUGAACAAUCUGAAUGGCACCAAAGAGUCAAUUAAGGGUGCCAAGAUUUGGUUCAUGCAAAGAUCACCUUUUGCACCUGCUCUGGCUGAAGCUCUUAGGGAUAGGAUUUUUGCUCUUGAUGAUUCAGAGAGACAGCUCCAUAUUGUCUUCUUGGCCAAUGAUAUUCUCUUUGACAGCCUGCAAAGGAGGGUCAAUAUGCGAGAACUUGAUAAUGAGGCACAUGCAUUCAAACCUGUCUUGGGAGCAAUGCUCGCUAGAAUUUAUAAUAAUCCACACAACAAAGAUGCAAAUCAGUCUCGAUUGGAGAAGAUCUUACAAUUUUGGGCUUCAAAGGAAGUGUAUGACCCAGAAACCAUUGGUCGCCUUGAGCAAGAAAUGACAGGUGGACUAUCACUGCGGUUACCAAGGGAAGAGUCAACUGCAUUGGAUCCAUCAGGAUUGCAUCAAACACUGUCACAGUGGCAGCCUGAGAAGCAACACUCCACACCGGGGUCUCUAGAGGAAAAGGAAACUGAGAUGCAGUUACCCCACGGUGCAGUCCCUCCGCCCCAAUUUGCACCUCCUAUGGCUCAGCCAUAUCACCAAGUACCUGCUGGCAUGUAUCCGCCUGUGGCACAAGCACCAUUCCCAGGGCCCCUACCUAUCCCACCUGCUGUUCCUCCAACUGCCAAUGUUGCUGCUGAUAAAACCCCACCACCCUACCCUCUCUUUCCUCCGGGCCUUAUCCCCGGCAUGGUCAGGAAGAUGCAGAUCGGCAGUGGUGUUCCAUACUCACCAAUGAGUCCUCUGGACAUUCCCACUGCGAUUCCACCAUCCACUGUACCACAAUCUGAAAUUCUUGAGCAGGUCUCAAAGUUCUUCAAGGACAUUGGAGAAGUGAAUCCAUCGGAAGGUCCAAUGAAGCGAUCUGAGUCUAAUGAUGAAGAUGAUGAGUAUGAGCGUGAGCCCCCUGUUCGCAAGGGCGGUGCUUGUAUCCCUCCGCCACCAAACUUGCAGCAGGUGGACCCAGAAACGGGCAUGUUCGCUGAUGGGAGUAUUGAUCGCAAGUCAGGAUCAAGCGGCUCGGGACGUCUGGGAUUAGGAGCCACUGCAAAUCCUAAUGAGGUCAGUCAAUACGAUGAUGUUUAUACUUCAUACCGCAAGCAAAGAAGUACCAGCUACCAUUCAUCGAUGAGUGCUAGAGCUUCUGCAAGGUGAUGAAAGUUGAUGUUUUUUUGGUUUCAUUACUGGAACUUCCUAAUGUUCUAUUUAGAGUUCUGAUGAUCAAUACAAUCAUGGAACGUUUAUGUUCUCCUGGAAAUUUGUGUAAGCUCACAUUUUGCUUGUUAUGUGGUCUUAUAUUUUGAAGUUAAUGAUGCUCCUUUGUGAGGUCUUGUGCUA